GUGCCUUUUGGAUGAGUGAAUAACAAAAAAGGCAAAUAAAAGAUGGGUUGCCUUAAUUGUCUUUUUGGCGGUAGUCUUACUCCAUAACGCACCAAGGGCUGUAGUACUACAACAGAGAUAACAGACACAGUAUACGAGACUGUGUGGGAUAGGCACACCAGGCGUUUAUACAGCAGCUAACAGAUGCAGAUGACUUGACACUAGGGAGAAAUCAUGCAAGAGUUACCGGGCCAAGAUGGGGGUCUUUACGGGUGGGUUGCAGUCUUCACAGCGUGGACGGUCACUUUAAUAUGGGCGGUUUUCGUUAAAGGACUUGGGAUAAUGUUGCCAAGUUUGCAGGAGCAGUUUGAAACAACUACGGCACUCGCUGGUUGGGUAAUUGCAGCUAUUUGCACCACCACCGGAGCAGGAGGUCUUUUUGCCGGACUAGUUGGCCGACGAUUUGGGACCGGUGUCUCCAUUAUGAUGUGUGGGUUCAUGGUCGGUGCUGCGUGUGUUGCUGGAUCGUUUUCAUCUAGCAUUGUCCAGUUCGCUUUGAUAUUAAUGGUGUUUGCAAGUUCUGGACUUGGAGUAUCACUUGUUCUCUCCAAAGCAGCAAUUGCUCAUCGGUUUCAAACAAAUUUUGCAACAGCCGUCGGAGUUUCUAAAACAGGAUCUUCCAUAAGUUUACUUUUAUUUGCACCUCUGACACAACUCUUCCUGGAUACGUACGGCUGGAGUGGCACCUUGUUGCUCAUUGGAGCAAUCUCGUUUCAUAUUACCGUAUGUGGCGCCCUCAUGGUCGUUGUUGAUAAGAGGAGGAAAUCUGAAGUUAGAGAUUAUGACAAGAUUGAACAAGAAGAAAAUCAAUCUGGGCAAGAAACCAACCACCGAUGUAGCACAUUGUGGAAGUAUGUAGUCGACAGCUUGGAUAUGAAUCUACUUCGCAAUCCGCGUUACUGGGCAGCAGCAGCAAUUUAUUGUUCAACCCGUACAACCCUCGAUAUGUGGGCAUUUUUCUUCGUGUCAAUGGCUCAGUCGAAAGGAUUCUCUCCCGAAGAUGCGGCGAUAUUUGUCACCGUUGCGGGCGUAGGUAACUUGUUGUCAAAACUGAUUCAAGGAUUCAUCGUAGACCGUGUAUUCAAGUCUUAUUCGGGUUUCAUGUUUGUUAUGUUAGUCACAUCAUCUUCUAUGUUCUGCGCAACUCCGUGGCUUGACACUUAUUGGCUCAUGAUGAUGUCAUCUUUCUCUGUUUUGUUUUGCCUUGGUGCCCUCACUUGUCUUCAGGAUCUUCUAUUCAAACAAGCCAUUGGUGUAGAGAGGAUGGUCGGUGUAUAUGGCUGGUUGGGGGUAAAGACAGGAGCUCUACGCUUAGCCAUUGAAUUUCUUCCAGGAUUGAUGUAUGACCUUAGCGGCAACUUCAAUGGAGCAUUUAUCUUCAUUGGUGUUGUGCAGUCUCUGGUUUACCUGCUCCUCGCUGAGUGCGAAUAA